AUGAGUCGCGUUCGUACCAAAACCGUCAAGAAGGCUUCCCGAGUGCUCAUCGAGAAGUACUACACUCGAAUGACCAACGACUUUCACAACAACAAGCGCGUCUGUGACGAGGUGGCCAUCAUUGGAAGCAAGCCGCUCAGAAACAAGAUCGCCGGGUACAUUUUUAUUGAAAAAUUGUUUUUGAAUACUUUUUUCCAGAUACAUCACCCACUUGAUGAGACGUAUCGAGAGAGGACCGGUCAGAGGCAUCUCGAUCAAGCUCCAGGAGGAAGAGCGCGAGCGCAGAGACAAUUACAUGCCAGAUGUCUCCGCCGUCGAUCCAUCCCAACUCGCCUCCCUCAAGGUCGAUUCGGACACCAGCGAAAUGCUUAAGGCUGCUGUGAGUUUAACUUUUCGGUCAUUUUAAGAUCCGGGAGCACCGGGGGUUGCGUCAGCAGCUCCUGUGCCGCUCUCGGAUUUUCGGUUCGGAACGUCGAGGCUGUUCCAAACUCAGCAAUUGAACACCAAAUCCUCGUUCUUUCAGGGAUUCAACCUUAACAACCUCGUUGUCGAGGAGCACUCGAAGCCGAAAGGAGGAAAGUAA